UUGCAUAGCGAUUUUGACUAGAAAUAUAUAGAUCGAUGAUGUUUUAAUUUUUAGCACUGGUCACCACUUAUACACAUUGCACAUCCUUUUUCCUAUUAUAACUAACUUAUCAUCUAUUGCAAUUCUGAUUUAGGUUUGUUAUCGUACAUCAAAUAAGCAUAUCGAACAACAAGGACGGACCUCCCAAAGAAAGCAGCCUUGCAUUACGUGCAAGUGAUCUUUACGACUGAGAUCAAUCUUACCCUAAUUGUUCUUAUUUUCAUAUAACACGACCCAAUAAAGUGGUAUGACGAAUUCUUAAGAGCUUAGUACGUGAUGCAACAUUCAAAAACAACCGGUUUAUAGAUCGCACUCGCACUGGUACAGCGAUAAUGCAAUGCCUCAGGCUGCACUGAGGCAUAUAAAAAGUCCGGCUAACACAACAAAGGCACAUUCAACUUGAGGUCUCCUCGUAGUGAAGAGUCACUGUCAUUCUUACUAAAAUGGCUUUUAAGCUGGUAGUAUUGGCGUGCGCGAUCGCUGUCGCCCAAGCGGGCGUCAUCGCUCCCGCCGCUUACGCCGCACACCCGGCGCCGGUCGCAUAUGCAGCUGCCCCUGUACUGCACGCUGCUCCGGCCGCGCCCCUAGUGCACGCAGCCCCUGUCGCCUACGCCGCUCCGCUUGCCAAAGUAGCAGCCGUCGCCCCCGUUACCAAAGCCAUCGCCGUCGAUGAAUACGACCCACACCCACAAUACAGCUUCGCCUAUGACGUGCAAGAUGGUCUCACUGGCGACUCCAAGACCCAGCAUGAAACUCGCGAUGGUGAUGUCGUACAGGGCUCCUAUUCUGUCGUAGACCCCGAUGGCACUAAGCGCACCGUUGAGUACACCGCUGACCCCCACAAUGGAUUCAACGCUGUCGUGCACAAAGAGCCGGUGGCUGUGAAAGUAGCCGCGAAGGUGGUCGCUCCCGUGACUUACGCUGCUCCCGUCGCCAAGGUCGCUGUUCCCGUCGCCUACGCCGCCGCCCCUGUCGCCAAGCUCGCCGCCCCCGUCGCCUACGCCGCUCCUGCAGCUAAACUUGCUGCGCCCUUGGCCUACUCCGCUCCUUUUAUCCACCACUGAUCGCCAUGCUACUAGUCAUUCAAAUCC